GAAAUGCUUGCGUAUGCUUUCAAAUCUUAAAAAACAUUCGUAAAAUAUGGGAAGUGAUGUAGAUACCACUAUACAAAGUGGCACACAAGAAGAGGAUGACGUCGAUUGUUUUUUUCUUCAGCCGUCUUCUUCGCCAUAUAACAUAGCAGAAAAAGUUCAACAGGCCAAUAUAGAUUUAUUUUCUUCCAGCCCAUGUCCAACUAGUUGUAAACUUUCUAAAGUAAAAUUUAAAGAUGAUUUAUAUUCUUUUGAACCAGAUUUAACAGAUGAAGAUGUGAAUAGCAUCGAAAGUGAUAAUAUUGAAGAUCUGGAACAUGACAACCAACUUAUUUGCGAGUACAAAACUGUGAAUAUUUCAGAUAUUGAAGAAGAAGCGGAAGAUGUGGAAGAUGAAGAGAUUAUUGAAAGUAUUAAUGCAGAUUGCAAUGAAAUUGUAAUAAACAAUAUUGUUAAAAGUUACGAGUAUCGAGCGAAAGUGGAAAAAGAAACAUUCGAAGAGUUGAAAACCGAUAAUUGUAAUAUUAGUAAACACUCUUCAAAAAGAAAAAAUAAUGGCUCGAAACAAAUAAAGCACAUUCAAGAAGUACAAUGCAGAAAUCAUUGCAUUGAUAAAUUAGACUUUGACCUACCAAUGUAUAUUAAAAAAUUAGAAAUUCAUGAAAAGGUAGCCAAUCUCCCACCGCUACAAUUGAUUCAAAGGAAGUGCUGUGAUGAAUUGAAACAAAAAAAUCUCCCAAAUUAUAAUGGCCUUAGAUCGGAAUACGGCUUGAGUUCUAGACAAUUGGAAAAUCGACAAAAACACAAAGAGUUAUUAAGACUUAAGGAACAGACUAGACAAAAAAUUCUUGAGGAGUAUACGAAGCGAAAAAUGCAACAAAAUGAAGAAGUAUUUUGCCAGUGGUUGAAACAAAUUGCAAAGAGAAGAAAUGAAACACAGAAAAUUGACAAAAAUAAGUUUAGACACAAAAAUAAUUUAAAAAGAGUCAAACAAUUGUAUAGCCCAUCAGUUAUCAGUAUGCCGAAUAAAACUACAGGAAGAAUGAAGGAAAGGCCUAAAACAGCUAAUGAAUUUGUACCCAAAACUCAAAUUAAAAAACCUCGGAGACCUUAUAGUACUUCAUCAACUUGUGUAUACAUCGAGGUUCCUGAAAAUUUAUUAAAGAAAGGAAUUAACAUAGGGGAUUUGCUUGUGACAAAUUCCAAACUGCUCUCUAAAAAAGUGCAUAUUUUAGCAGUAAGUUAA